AGCAUUGAGCACAACUCUGCUCUCUCAGCUUCUGUCUGUCUCUUAGUGUGCUCAGUCAGUGCUGAGGGCACAGCCUCCCUAAAGAGACUCCCUGUCUCACAGGCCCUGCGCAUCUGCUGCUUUUCCUCUCAGCCUGGUAAGCCGUGUGUGGGAAAUGGAAUCUCCCCAGCAAAGUUGUGUCAAGCCUGAUGUUAGUCUUGAGAUCAUGAAGGCUGGAAGUGUCCUGAGAAAAGCAAAGUCUCGCAUGUGGAGAGGACAUCGCCAUUACAAACUGCAGGAUGACUGCAAGACCAUUGCGUACAAAUCCAGCUGGGCUAUGAACUCGUACUCAACCUUUUCUGUAGGUGAUGUGGAGGCAGUGCGUGAGGGCCAUGAGUCCGACGUGUUCUUGAGUGUAGCAGAUGAAUAUCCUCCAGAGCGCUGCUUCACGCUCGUUUUUCGUGGCCGCCGUGGGAACCUGGACUUGGUGGCAGAGUCAGCCGAGGAGGCUCAGGCCUGGAUAAGGGGCAUGCAGACCCUCAUAGAGAAUCUGCAGAGCAUGGGCGAGAGUGAAAAACUUGACCAAUGGAUCUCUGACUUGUUUCUGAAAGCAGACAGAAACAAAGAUGGCAGGAUAAGCUUUAAGGAGGUCCGCAGGCUGCUGAAGCUCAUGAACAUGGACAUGAAUGAAGACCAUGCAAGCUCUCUUUUUAGGAUGGCCGAUAAGAGUCAGACAGGUUUUCUGGGAAGUGAGGAAUUUGUCCACUUCUACAAGAUGCUUACUCAGAGAAAAGAGGUUGUGGAGCUGUUCCAGGAGUACUCCAGCGAUGGACAAACGCUCUCACAUUGUGAUCUGGAGGAGUUUCUGCGGGAGGAGCAGCUGGAGGGAGACAGGAGUCAAGAACAUGCGCUUGAGCUGAUCCAAAGAUAUGAGCCUUCAGAUACAGCCAAAGCCAACCACACCAUGUCAAUAGAUGGCUUCUUGAUGUAUCUGACCUCUGCUGAUGGUUCCAUCUUCAACUCAGAAGAUCAGCGUCUCUAUCAGGACAUGACUCAGCCUCUCAAGCAUUACUUUAUCAGCUCAUCACACAACACGUACCUUCUAGAGGACCAGCUGAAAGGAAGGAGCAGCGUGGAGGGCUACAUUCAGGCUCUGAAGCGGGGCUGUCGCUGCUUGGAGAUCGACUGUUGGGAUGGUUCCAGUGGAGAGCCUGUUGUUUACCAUGGACACACUUUCACAUCCAAGAUUCUCUUUAAAGAUGUAAUUAACACAGUGGCAAAAUAUGCCUUUAAGACAUCAGAAUACCCAGUUAUCUUGUCUAUUGAAAACCGAUGCAGCGUGGAGCAACAGAAAGUCAUGGCUCAGCUCUUAAAGGAUAUCCUUGGUGACAUGCUGCUGAGGACUACAAUAGAUGGCAAAGUCCCUAGUGUACUCCCAUCUCCAGAGGAACUAAAGGGGAAAAUUCUGGUGAAAGGGAAGAAGAUUGGAGGAUUGGAGUCCUUGGAUGCAGAUAAUCCAGUAAGUGGCGAAGUGAGUGAUGAAGAUGAUUCUUCAGAACUGCGCAGGGACAGUCUGACCACAGAGAGUUUGCCAUCAGACAGCAAGAAAUCAAAGCAAAGUCUAACCAAGGAGCUUUCGGACCUUGUCAUAUACUGCAAGAAUGAACAUUUCAACAAUUUUGAACAUGCACGCAUCCACGGCAAGCCAUAUGACAUAUCCUCCUUCUCUGAGUCCAAGGCCCGCAAAAUUAUCAAGGAAGCAGCUGCUGAUUUUGCUCAGCACAACGCAAGGCAGAUUACCAGGGUUUAUCCUAGUGGCCUAAGGACAGACUCUUCAAACUUCUGUCCCCAAGACAUGUGGAAUGUGGGAUGCCAAAUGGUGGCUUUAAACUUCCAGACAGCAGGGCUGGAGAUGGAUCUUAAUGAUGGUCUCUUUAGUCAGAAUAACCGCUGUGGAUAUGUUCUGAAACCGGAGAUCCUGCGCAACAGUGAGCAACAAUUCAAUCCAGACAAGCCCCAGGACCGCAAAGAUUACUGUCCCCUCAUCCUCACUAUUCAGGUAAUUAGUGGCCAGCAGCUCCCUAAAGUAAACAACAAAGUAGGGUCCAUUGUAGACCCUUUUGUAAGGGUGGAGAUAUAUGGUUUACCUGCAGACCAGGCCACACAGGAGACAAGCUACAUCGAGAACAACGGACUCAACCCAUGCUGGAACGAAACAUUAGAGUUUGCGGUCCAUACUCCUGAGCUGGCACUCAUCCGCUUUGUCGUGGAGGACUAUGACAUGGCAACCAAAAAUGAUUUUAUAGGGCAGUACACAGUUCCCUUCUCUUGCAUUCAGUCAGGGUAUCGCCACAUCCAUCUUUUAUCGAAAGACGGCACAAGCCUUCGCCCCUCCUCUCUGUUUGUGAACAUUAACAUUACAGAAGCCUCCUAGAUGAGCAUGCAGCAUCCAAAUACUUCUACACAAUGAAAAUAUGUAAUUCAGAAAGUUAUGCAAACUCAUAUUGUGUGUUUCUUUGUGCACAUUUAAGACUUUAGGCAUUAUAACUCAGCUACACCUAUUUGUAUAUUGCAUAUGGCUUGCACAUAAAGCAAUAUUUCCCAUAUUAACCAUAACUAAAGAAACUGCAGGCUUUAGUAUCCAGGUUUUAUUGCUCUUGCUAUGAUGUAGACUUCUGUGACAAAGUUUUAAAUAAAAAAUAACUAAAGAGUAGCUAAACAGUAAAGUCAGUAUAGUGCCUUCUCAGCUUUACAAUAAUAAAUUAUAAGUAUUUACAGUAUAAGAAACUGUCUACUCUACAGCUGCAGAUUAAACUGAUGCAUUAACAUUUUGUUCAUGCUGUAAGGCUACUACAAGAUAUUAAGCACCACAUUUAAACAAGCCAUAGAAAAAAUUCUAAAAAGUUGUAUAUGUAGAGUUUUAGAUCCUGUUAACCAGUAGUUUUCAUUUUUAACUGUUAAAGCAUUUAUUUUAAAUUUUAACUGUUAUAUAUUUAUUUGUUGUUGUCAAGAUAACUUGUUCCUGACAAUCUUGUACUCUAAAAUAUACCAAAACCCAGACUUUCCUUAAAGUUUCUGUAUCCCUUCAAUCCCUGAACAUUGUUCCUUGUAGUCUUACAGUAGUGAAGGUAUGACUUUGCCAUAAAUGCUACUGCCUGCUAUAUACACUGGAUGCAACUCACAGAAGGGACUAAUAAAGUGAAUAUAAAUAUUCUCUAUACUUAGUAUAAAAUUCUAAACAUAUAUACACCCACACUAGAAAGUAUUCACUGCUGUUGAUAUUACUGUUCCCUAAAAUUGCUCCACCUACAGUACGUGAUAUCCAUUUAAACUGUUGCACAUGUGCAUUUUAGUCAUUUAGGGACAUUAUCUAUUCUUAGAUGUUCACUAAGUGAUCCGGCAAUGACCUCAAUAAAUGCUGUUGACACCUUC